UCACUUUUGUCUGUGUGAUGUCCUAGACUUGUCUUCUGGACAUUUUGUGGUUCUGGCCUGGUCUACUGAGCGGCGUCAUGGAUGUGUGGGUGAGGAGAAGGUUCACACAGGCUUCUGAAUCCCAACUUUGCGACUAGAACCCUCUCAGAACCGCGGAGGAGGUAUUUCAAUGAGCAGCUACAACUCAACUGGGCUAGAUCCGUUUGAAGACACACCAUGGAAGGUCACGUUCACAGCACAUGGAAGGUCACGUUCACAGCAGAGCAGUCGAGAGAAGAGAAAGGCUCCGAUGAUCUCUGCCAGUGAUGCCGAAUUCCCGCGGGACUACCACACGCUGGCCGGCGGCAUCAGGGCCCGGCGGAUCAACGAUACCUCCAACGGGGGCUUCACAUCGUCUUCGCUGGACCGCCGCCACAACACGGUGGCGGCCAAAAGCCUUGAGGCCCUGAACAGCAUCCACAAGGCCGACAUCGAGCGCCAGCGUGACGCCCUGAUGGACCUCCAGAAGAACAAGUUGACCAGCAGCCCCGGCAGCUUGUCACUAGGGGGUGCCACAAGAGGACGCCAGCAGCAAAGUAACUACUGGAGCUUCAAGAGUCGCACGCCACGCGUGACCCGACUUAGCCCGACACAGCCGGUUCUGGUGGAUCAGGCCGGGAGGGUUUCCUUCGCAUCAGCAGAACAUCUGGAGGCCAUGUCCGAGUCCGACGUUCCUGUGGGUUUUAACCGGAUGAACCGGCUCCGUCAGAGCCUGCCGCUGGCCCGCUCGUCCAGCCAGGCCAAGCUGCGGGCGCCAGGGAUCCUGUUCCUGCAACUGGGGGAGGAGACGCGCAGGGUGCACCUGACUCAUGAGCUGAGCAGCCUGGACACUCUGAGGGCGCUCAUCGUGCACGUGUUCCCUCAGAGGCUCACCAUGGCCGCGCUCAGGUCACCCACCACUGCUCUGCUGAUCAAAGACGAGACUCGGAACGUCUUCUACGAGCUGGAGGACCCGCGAGACGUUCAGGACCGGUGCGUCAUCAAAAUUUACUGCAAAGAACCCGUUUACGGAACCUUCCCUGGGCACCAGAACCCCCACCUGGCCAACGGAGACCUGCGGAGGGAGAUGGCAUACGCCCCCCAGGACUCUCCCCCCUCUCGCCGCCUCGGCAGUGCUCCCAUGUCCUCCCAGCAUUCCUCCGCCUCAUCCUCACCUCCUCAUGGCUCCCCGUCGCGUGCACGCCUCCUCUACAGUGGCGGGCGGCCCUCCUCGUACGCCGGGCCUCCCCACCAACCUCACUCCUCCCCCCACCACAGCCAGCCGGCCUUCUGCCCAACCUCCAGCGCCAUCUUGGAGCGCCGUGAUGUCAAGCCGGAUGACGAGGUGGGUGGGUCCAGAAGCGUGGUGCUGCUGCGUGCUGAUGAACGCGGGGGAGGGGGCAUCUACGCCGACCCCUACUCUCUGGCCGUGGAGACCAAUCGCAUGAGUCUUGCCAGUGCGCCGCACUCGCCUCUUGCUGUCAGGAGCGACCCGUACGGCUCCCUGUACCGACGAGGAGGGGGUGGGUCCGUGCGUUCGUUGACGUCCUACUCGGCCGCCGCGUUGCAAGGAGAGCUGAUGGAGAGCGCCGCUCUCUACAGACCGGGCGGCCCGCUUUACAAUGACGCCUAUGCGGCGUCCGUGUUGGCCGUGGGCCUGCGCGUGCCCCCCCCCUCCUCCCCUCAGAAGAUUCCCGACAUGCGAGACUCCUACGCCAGCACCCUCCCCACUCGCGGCUCGCCUGGCAGACCCGGUCUACGCCGGGACUCGGUGACGUCCUCGCUGUGCGGGGACAGUCCCAAAAGCAGAGGUCAAGGGUCGGGGCUGGGUCUGACCUCUGAGCAGCUCUGCCUGAUGGCGGCGGGAGACGGGGGCGGGGCCAGAGGCUUCGCGUCGCCUCUCCUCGGCAACGAGACGGAAACCAGGGAGCGCAUGGAGGUCAUGGAGAAGCAGAUCGCCAGCCUGACCGGCCUGCUGCAGCGCGUACUCAGCAGGGCGCCGGACGCCGAGAGCCCGGACAAAAUGGAGUCAGCCAGCGACGGCUCAGGAACCGACCCUGGACCUGCUAAAAUAAAGAAAGCCGUAACGCCGUCAGCGCCAUUGGCCUUGAUGCCACCGCCCUCGCCUUUGGGUGCCCACCAGCCGGUGGCGGUGUCCCGUGUACAGAUGCAGCACCACCUGCAGGGCCUGCAGCAGAGCACCAACGCUCUGCGCACGCAGCUCUCACAGCUGCGCAGCAUGCAGCUGGAGAACCGGGACUCUGUGGUGGCUCUGCUGAGGCAAACCGAGGUGGAGCUAAGCGUCAUGAUGCUGGAGGCCUCACCCCCACAAGAAGACCCCCUGCAGAGACAGCGCCUCCUGGUGGAGGAGGAGCGUCUCAAGUACCUGAACCAGGAGGAGAUGCUGAUCCAGAAGCUGCACGACCUUGAGAAGUGGGUGGAGGAUCUGCAGAGGAGGCGUGGCCUGGUGAGCGAGCGCGACGUGGAGCAGAGGAGUCAGGAGCUGAGCGUCCUGGGUGAGACGCUCAGCCAGCUCAAGAACCAGUUCCCGGGCCUGCAGAGUCGGAUGCGGGUGGUCCUGCGCGUGGAGGUGGAGGCGGUCAAGUUCCUGAAAGAGGAACCUCAUCGUCUGGAAGCGUUGCUCAAACGCUGCAACAGCGUCAGCGACACGCUCAGCGCGCUGCGCAGACAAGUCAGCGAGGGCGCCCGGAAGGACCCGGAAGACACGUCCGGCCCGUCGCAGAAGAGGUCGGAGGACGUCGACAUCAUUGACAGUGACAUCAUUGACAGUCCGCCGCUUAGCCUUGCUGACCUUGGCGCAGAUGCAGGCCUGGCCGAUUGGAUGCCCGGCCCCGGUCCCGCCCCCGAGCUGGACAAUGCGCUCCCGGUGACUUUCAGAGGUCGAGCCACGGAUGAGUUGCAGAGUCGGCGCCCGGCUGAUAAAUGUGUGUCGGCCGAGGUCAGGCUGGCGGCGGAGCGUGACUGGGAGGAGAAGCGUGCUAGUUUGACUCAGUUCAGCGCUCAGGACAUCAACCGCCUGCUGGAGGAGACGCAGGCCGAGCUGAUGAAGGCCAUUCCCGACCUGGACUUUGCCACCAGGACCAUCAACAAGCCGGCCGUGCCGCCCAAGCCACAGCUCACCGUGCCUAUCGCUGCCGCUGGCGAGCAGACACCUGGCAAAGUGCAGCUGGCGGCCCAGAAGCUCAACAGCCUGGAGGGGGCGGGCUCUCAUCGAGGCUCUGUGGACCUCGGCGUGGUCAGGUGCCGCAGUGAGAAGCCUUCCAAGUCUCCGCCACCUCCGCCGCCUCGUCGAAGUUUCCCGUCGGCCCUAGGACUGACAGCGGUCCGCGUGGGCGACACCUUGGUGACCAGCAAGAGUCGUAAGAUGGACGAGGACGGCGAGCUGCCAAAAGCUCUCGUCAAGCUGAGGCGGACCCCCUCUGACAACCCCCGACCGGCCUCCACGCCGCCCGUCAUGUCGCCAUCAGGACGUCAGAAUGAGGACGACGAAGAGAAGAUUGUCGCUGAGCAGGAGAGUGGCAGCAGCAGCACCUCGGGGCCGCUCAAAGGUCCAACGGUUGCAGCUCGCCUUAAACACCUGGAGCAAGGUAACCAGGAGAGGAACGUGGGCCGCAGGUCCAAAGAGGAAGUCAAAGUAGUCCAGGGAGGGCAGCAGCAGGUAUUCCACUUCUAGAAGCUCCGCCCACAAAGUGUAGCAGCACAUGAAAGCAGGUGGGGGCGCUGUCUCUGCUUCUCGAUGUUUGAAUUUGUGGAGCUAACGUAGCUUCUUUUUGUUGUGCGGAAAUUAGCUUCAUGCUAACGUUGGUUCGUCAUCGUGCAAUAACCUUCAGAAACAUCACAUGACUCUUCAUGCUAAUGAUUGUUGUUGUCUGUUAGCGCUCAUGCUAGCAGGAAUUAACUUCAUCUUCAAAGUAGAGGACCCCCAUCCCCUAGUUUAAGUCUCUGUUUGGUGUAGCAUGUUGUUGCCGCCCCCUUGUGGCAAUCAUGACAUGUUCAAGCUUGAAGGCUAAGCUCCACUCGUCUUAUCUGUGCCUGCACACGUUCCAAGCGGACCUGACCUGCUGAGCCGAGCCUCCACUGUGGAAUGACUGAUAAGCACAAAGAAACAAAUUCAUUGUACACGUAAACAUCUUUGGAGACUGACUCUGGAUCAGCUUGGCUCUCGGGCACCGACAUGGCCGCCCUCCACUUGGCACGCUCAUGUGCGUGGCGGGAACGUUUACAUUCACGGACGGAAUAGCAAAACAUUUGCAUGAGAAUUCCUUUGUGGCUUCAUGGAAAAUCAUUUGUAGUAACAUCAUCAUCAGGUCAUGUGACAUCAUAGGGGAUGUCAUAGAUGACAUCAUAGAUGACAUAGUUGACACCAUAGGUGAUCAUUGUCACCUCGUCACCAUAGGCGACAUCAUAGGUGACAUCAUAGUCACCUUAGCUGACAUCAUAGGUGACAUCAUAGCCACCUAGUCACCAUAGGUGACAUCGUAGGUGACAUCAUGGGUGAUAUCAUAGUCACCUUAGCUGACAUCAUGGGUAACAUCAUAGUCACCAUAGGUGACAUCAUAGGUGACAUCAUGGGUGACAUCUUAGUCACCUGGUCACCAUAGGUGACAUCAUAGGUGACCUCAUAGGUGACACUAGGUGGCGUCAUAGGUGACAUAAUAGUCACCUAGUCACCAUAGGUGACAUCAUAGGUGACACUGUAGGUGGCGUCAUAGGUGACAUCAUAGUCAUCUUGUCACCAUAGUCGACAUCCUAGGUGACACUGUAGGUGGCGUCAUAGGUGACAUCAUAGUCACCUAGUCACCAUAGCUGACAUCAUAGAUGACACUGUAGGUGGCGUCAUAGGUGACAUCAUAGUCACCUAGUCACCAUAGCUGACAUCAUAGAUGACACUGUAGGUGGCAUCAUAGGUGACAUCAUAGUCACCUUGUCACCAUAGUCGACAUCAUAGGUGACCUCAUAGGUGACACUGUAGGUGGCGUCAUAGGUGACAUCAUAGUCACCUAGUCACCAUAGCUGACAUCAUAGAUGACACUAUAGUGUGGCAUCAUAGGUGACAUCAUAGUCACCUUGUCACCAUAGUCGACAUCAUAGGUGACCUCAUAGGUGACACUGUAGGUGGCGUCAUAGGUGACAUCAUAGUCACCUAGUCACCAUAGCUGACAUCAUAGGUGACACUGUAGGUGGCGUCAUAGGUGACAUCAUAGUCACCUUGUCACCAUAGUCGACAUCAUAGGUGACCUCAUAGGUGACACUGUAGGUGGCGUCAUAGGUGACAUCAUAGUCACCUAGUCACCAUAGCUGACAUCAUAGGUGACACUGUAGGUGGCGUCAUAGGUGACAUCAUAGUCACCUAGUCACCAUAGCUGACAUCAUAGGUGACACUGUAGGUGGCGUCAUAGGUGACAUCAUAGUCUCUUGUCACCAUAGCUGACAUCAUAGGUGACACUGUAGGUGGCGUCAUAGGUGAGAUCAUAGUCACCUAGUCACCAUAGCUGACAUCAUAGGUGACACUGUAGGUGGCGUCAUAGGUGAGAUCAUAGUCACCUCGUCACCAUAGCUGACAUCAUAGGUGACACUGUAGGUGGCGUCAUAGGUGACAUCAUAGUUACCUUGUCAUCAUAGCUGACAUCAUAGGUGACACUGUAGGUGGCGUCAUAGGUGACACUGUAGGUGGCGUCAUAGGUGACAUCAUAGUCACCUAGUCAACAUAGCUGACAACAUAGGUGACACUAUAGGUGGCGUCAUAGGUGACACUAUAGGUGGCGUCAUAGGUGACAUUAUAGUCACCUAGUCACCAUAGCUGACAUCAUAGGUGACACUAUAGGUGGCGUCAUAGGUGACACUGUAGGUGGCGUCAUAGGUGACACUGUAGGUGGCGUCAUAGGUGACAUCAUAGUCACCUAGUCAACAUAGCUGACAACAUAGGUGACACUAUAGGUGGCGUCAUAGGUGACACUGUAGUUGGCGUCAUAGGUGACAUCAUAGUCACCUAGUCAACAUAGCUGACAUCAUAGGUGACACUAUAGGUGGCGUCAUAGGUGACAUUAUAGUCACCUAGUCACCAUAGCUGACAUCAUAGGUGACACUAUAGGUGGCGUCAUAGGUGACAUCAUAGUCACCUUGUUACCAUAGUCGACAUCAUAGGUGACACCGUAGGUGGUGUCAUAGGUGACAUCAUUGACACCUAGUCACCUAGUGACCUCAUAGGCUACACAAUAUAUGAUAUAGGGGACACCAUAGGUGGCGUCAUAGGUGACAUCAUAGGUGACAUCAUUGUCACCAUAGUUGACACCAUAGAUGAUGACACAGAUGACAUUAUAGGUGACACCAUAGAUAUCAAUUAUACACUAUAGACGACAUCCUAGCAGACAUCGUAGGUGAUGCCAUCAUAGGUGACGCUAUACAGUAGAUGACACAAUAGCCGACACCAAAGGUGGGCUUGUAGGUGACAUCAUAUAUGACACCACACGUGACAUCACAGGUAACAUCAUAGAUGAUAUCAUAGGUAAACAUCAUAGACGACCCCAUAGAUGACACUAUAGGUGGCAUCAUAGGUGACACGGAUGACGCCGUAGGUGACAUCAUAGGUGUCACCAUAGGUGGCGUCAUAGGUGACACGGAUGACGCCGUAGGUGACAUCAUAGGUGUCACCAUAGGUGGCGUCAUAGGUGACACGGAUGACGCCGUAGGUGACAUCAUAGGUGUCACCAUAGGUGGCGUCAUAGGUGACACGGAUGACGCUGUAGGUGACAUCAUAGGUGUCACCAUAGGUGGCGUCAUAGGUGACAUGGAUGACGCUGUAGGUGACAUCAUAGGUGACACCAUAGGUGGCGUCAUAGGUGACAUCAUACGUGACACCAUAGGUGGCAUCAUAGGUGACACGGAUGACGCCGUAGGUGACAUCAUAGGUGGCAUCAUAGUUGACACGAAUGACGCUGUAGGUGACAUCAUAGGUGGCAUCAUAGGUGACACGGAUGACGCUGUAGGUGACAUCAUAGGUGGCGUCAUAGGUGACACGGAUGACGCCGUAGGUGACAUCAUAGGUGACACCAUAGGUGGCAUCAUAGGUGACACAGAUGAUGCCGUAGGUGACAUCAUAGGUGACACCAUAGGUGGCAUCAUAGGUGACACAGAUGACGCUGUAGGUGACGUCAUAGCUUAUACCAACGUCAUUGAUGACACGGUUGACGCUGUAGGUGACAUCAUAGGUGACACCAACAUCAUAGGUGACACGGAUGACGCUGUAGGUGACAUCUUAGGUGACACCAUAGGUGGCAUCAUAGGUGACAUGGAUGACGCCGUAGGUGACAACAUAGGUGACACCAUAGGUGGCAUCAUAGGUGACACGGAUGAUGCCGUAGGUGACAUCAUAGGUGUCACUAUAGGUGACAUCAUAGGUGACACGGAUGAUGCCGUAGGUGACAUCAUAGGUGACACCAUAGGUGGCAUCAUAGGUGACACGGAUGACGCCGUAGGUGACGUCAUAGGUGACACCAGCGUCAUAGGUGACACGGAUGACGACGUAUGUGACGUCAUAGGUUAUACCAACGUCAUCGAUGACACGGUUGACGCCGUAGGUGACGUCAUAUGUGACACCAACAUCAUAGGUGACACGGAUGACGCCGUAGGUGACAUCAUAGGUGACAUCAAAACGUGGGAAGACAUGGGUGAUGUCAACUGAUAAAAAUAGAAUAUGUAGAUGAAAAGAUGUACAAAGACAAAUGUCAUCUAUGUUUUAUACAAUUGUUUUCUAUUUUUAUACACAUGUAACCCGUGUAAAUUAUUAUUUUUCUGAUUUAGAGAUGUUUUAUUUUUUCUGGCCACCAUCUAUCAAUCACCUGGAUGUGAACCAAUCACUGAUCAUCUUCUAGCGUCCAUGGAGUUGAUGUCAACUUGUUGUCAAAGAAAACUAAGUUAUAUAAUAAUAUAUUUCAUAAGCUAUAACAGUGGCAUGCAAACUGUGUACAUGUGCACGCUGACUCUACUCAAUAAUAAUAAUAACAAUAAUAGGAAUAAUAAUCUUGUCAAUCAUUAUGAAGAAUUGCGUGUAUGAUAGAUGACAUGUACUUUUCUAUGACGUGUCAAAGUGUCAAUCAAACUUCUUUGUGUUUGUGUGAUGGAUGAUCGCCGUGUGGGUUGGAGCUGACUGCUCUGCAAGAACCGCGUGUUACUUUUUGUACUUCUUGUGUUUUUGUACUUUUUCUUGUGUUUGCUGACAAUUAAAGUCACACCGCACCUCUCCACAGAGGUCGCAACCUCGUCUGAAA